GUGCCCUCCUUUGGAAAGGAGACAUUACAGACAACGGCAGUUACUCCACAGCUUGAACAAAACAUGGAUUACGUGGACUUUAUUCAUUUAAACAUUUUAGAAAAAAAAAUUCGUAACAACUCUGAGGUUUCAGUUCAGUACUUAUGUUCUAAGCCUUGUAUCAUCAACUUGGAAGCAGUUGCUUCCUCCGAAUUCAGGACUGGUGUGCCAGUGUAUAGAAAGAGAUGGAAGGAUGAAAAGAACCUUUACGUUAGCAGAACUCGACAAGUACAUUUGAAAUUUCCGAGCAUCAUGGUUUACAGAGAUGAUUAUAUCAUCAGAAACUCAAUAAUAGUGCACAGUGUGAUAUUAUACGCAUGGAUUAGUCACAAAUCAGUUAGCAGCUAUGAUGUUGAGCAGAAUGAAGACUACCAGGAUGCAGUGGCCAAGAACUACACAUUUUUAGAAGCAGUUCCACCUUUUGAACGCCCGUAUAAAGACCACAAAGUUUGUCUUCAGUGGGGUGCUGACUAUCUGUGGGUGCUCCAGGCAAACAGGAUACCUCAGUGCCCUCAUGAAAGUGAUGGUGUCCAGAUUCUCAACUUCAUAUACGCUUCCAGUGGGGAGAAGACAGGAAUUGUGAAGAAAUUUGAACAGUUUGAAAACAGAGAACUUGAGACAGUCAGACAACAUCAGAUUGAUUAUCCUAUGUUCACUGUUUCAAUCUGGCUGUAUUUACUCCAUCACUGUGAAAAGGAUCUGUGUGGUAUACUCUAUUUUAUCGAUCCGAAAGAAAUGUACAGUACUCCUGCUGUAUUUCUAAAUGAGGAAGGUUAUGUGCAUAUUCAGGUGCACCUGAUGAGAGGAGAUGACCUUGCAGUGAAAACUAGCUUCAGCCUUCCUCUGAGACAGUGGUUUCGACUGGAUCUCUCUUUUAAGGGUGGACAGAUAGAAGUAAGCAAUGUUGGGAAGAAUUUGAAAAGACAUCAUCAUCAGUCUUUUACUUUUAGGGAAGAUUUCUAUUAUGAUGACACUGCUGGAUACUUUGUUCUUGGAGGCAGUGGCUAUGUAAAUGGUAUUGAAGCAUUCUUUGGACCUGUGAAAUACUAUCGUCUCAAUGUGUUGGAAACGGAACAGAUUUCUAACCCUCUUCAUGACAAAGAAACAGUGGAACAAAUUGAACUCUACUACGACAGAUGUAUGGACAUUCAAGAAAUAGUUUAUGAGUACAACUAUAUUGUAAGGCAAGGCGAAAAAGCACAAAGAAAUUGUUACUAUGAAAACUCUUAUUUGGAGCUGAUUCAUAAUUAUGGAGAAAAAUACAAAUGUGAUGCCUUCAUGUGGGGAAAAGAGCUCAGGGAAAAGUACAACACUUUGUUCAAACUGCUGCAAGAGAUAGACUUCAGUGCUCCAGAUGUGUUAGAAGAUGGAAGCAAUACAGUUACAGAAGUUGGCCAGAGGAUAUUUGAGAAAGUUGCAAAGGGUCUAUCCCGUGCCGAUGGCCUCAGCAAUAUGGGCUCCUCUGUCCCUCUCCUGGUGGAUUCCAGUUGCUGUGGAUACCAUAAGGCUUCCUAUUUUCUUGCGGUCGUAUUUGAAACAGGGCUGGGUGUGCCCGUGGACCGUACAAAGGGACUGCUGUAUAGUUUGGUUGGCGCUCAGGGCAAUGAGAGACUUGCUGUGAUGAAUCUUGGCUAUAAACAUUACCAAGGUAUUAAUAACUACCCACUUGAUUUGGAGCUGUCGUAUGCUUAUUACAGUAAUAUUGCGAUAAAGACAUCGUUGGAUCAACACACUAUAAAAGGGGAUCAGGCAUUUGUUGAAACUAUAAGGCUGAUGGAUGAUGAACUGCUAAAAGCUCAAACAAAAGAAAAUGGUGAUGUCUUUAUGUGGUUAAAACAUGAAGCAACAAGAGGAAAUGCAGCUGCACAGCAACGAUUGGCUCAGAUGCUGUUUUGGGGCCAACAAGGAGUGGCAAAAAAUCCUGAAGCUGCCAUAGAAUGGUAUGCAAAGGGUGCAAUAGAAACAGAAGAUCCAGUGUUAAUAUAUGAUUAUGCCAUUGUGUUAUUUAAGGGCCAAGGUGUGAAAAAGAACACAAAACUUGCUUUGGAACUGAUGAAGAAAGCAGCAGCCAAGGGCUUGCCCCAGGCAGUGAAUGGAUUGGGAUGGUAUUACCACAAUUUUAAAAGAGACUACAGAAAAGCAGCUGAACACUGGUUAAUGGCUGAAGAAUUGGGAAAUCCAGAUGCAUCAUACAACCUUGGUGUCCUUUAUUUAGAUGGAAUUUACCCUGGAGUACCUGGUAGAAAUCAAACAGUUGCUGCGCGCUAUUUCUAUAAAGCUGCCCAAGGAGGACAUAUAGAAGGGACUUUACGAUGUUCUGUGUACUACAUCACAGGAAAUAUGGAAGACUUCCCUAGAGAUCCAGAAAAAGCUGUGAUCUGGGCGAAACACAUAGCAGAGAAGAACGGCUACUUGGGUCAUGUCAUCAGAAAAGCUCUCAAUGCUUAUCUGGAACUUUCAUGGCAUGAAGCUCUGCUGCAUUAUGUUUUAGCAGCUGAAACUGGGAUUGAAGUGUCACAGUCAAAUUUAGCACACAUCUGUGAAGAAAGACCAGACCUAGCAAGGAGAUACCUAGCAAGUGAUUGUGUUUGGAGAUACUACAAUUUCUCUGUUUCUCAAGUCAAUGCACCCUCAUUUGCUUAUUUGAAGAUGGGUGAUUUCUACUACUACGGUUACCAGAACCAGUCUAAAGACCUUGAGCUCUCGAUGCGGAUGUACGCACAAGCUGCGUUAGAGGGGGAUUCACAGGGUUUCUUUAAUUUGGCCCUUGUCAUAGAAGAGGGCAACUCCAUACCUUCCUACAUUCUGGAUCACUUGGAAAUUGAUCGGGCAUUGCAUUCUAGUAAUACUUCACUUCUUCAGGAACUUUAUUACAGGUGCUGGAAUAAUAGUAACCAAGAAUCAAUUAGUCCAUGCACAUUAGCAUUGCUUUAUUUUUACAUGAGAGUUAUCUGGAACAGUAUUAUACAGUCUACUCUGAUCUACUUCAUGGGAACCUUUGUUCUAUCAAUUCUGGUUGCAUUGGCAGUGCAAUGUUUUCAGUCUUUAGCUGCCCGUAAUUCUUCUGGAGCAAGGUCAGAACCAUCAUCAGAUGAACCUUCUUCCUCAGGGAAUAGCAACGAGGAUGCUACCAGACUAGGACAGCAAGAAGAAUCUACUUCUUCAAACGAUGUAGCGUGGCAGGAUUCAGACCCUCAGAAUCCUCUUGUUACAAGCUGA